AUGGCCGUCGUCAAGCCAUUAGAGUUUCACUUACCUGACCUUGUCAUCCAAAACAUCAUCCGAAUCCUUCCCGCUAAAUCCGCUGUCCGGAUGAGCUUUCUUGCUAAGCAAUGGGACCGCGCCUGGUGUUUGUGCUCCAUAUUAGAUUUCGACGAGGGUAGUGAUGACGAAAAUCUUGAUCAUGAUCAACACAGAAAGUUCAUCAACAUCUUGAAGAAGUACCUGGAACUCUUUGUGAAGGAUGAGCAAAAGAAACAUACAUUAGAUAAACUUAGGAUUCGCAUGACAGGGUACCUGUACAAAGAGGACGCCAAGAUCGUAGAUAAGUUGUUGACUUGCUCGUUUGAGAGAAACGUCAAAGAGUUAGACAUAACCCUAGGUAGAUUAUUUCAGAGCGAUUGGGACUGGAGGCACUACUACAUCAUAUCUCGAAUGAGUUUGCUUGAUGCAAAAUCUUUAACUACUCUCAGUUUGAAGUACGUGAGAAUAAAGAACAUGGACAUACAUAAUGAGGGGACUGUGCAUAUAAGCCUUCUUCCCUCUUUGAAAAUUAUGAGCCUCAAAACCGUGCGCUUUGAAAGUGAUGCUCUAUUUUUCUUAAUUCAGGAGUGCCCUUCCAUUGAGUACUUGUCAUUAACUUCCUCCUAUUUUGAAAAAGACGAUAACAUUAAUCUUGUGAGUUCUAGUCUCAAGUUCUUGGAAGUUGAGCAUUGCAAUGCUCGGGUUAUCGUAGUUUGGGAUGCUCCGAAUCUUGAAUCUUUUACGUUCAUUUCAUUGAGCUUUUCGCUUCUUGAGAGUAUAAUGUUGUAUGAUUCCUACAACUUGAAGAAUAUCGAUGUUCAUGCUCAGCACCUAAAACGAUUACAUAUAUGGGGAUGUCAUGAUAGUUUGAAAGCCACAAUCACUGCUCCAAAUCUAGUUUCUUUUGAUUUCUCUGGUUAUUUAAAGUCCAAAGUUUCUUUGAUAGCUCCAAGUUUGAGGGAGACCACCAUCUCACUGAACGAAUUUUGGGACGAAGAUUUACUCAACGCUUUCAACGGGCCAUGGAAAUAUUUCCCUACACUGGCAGAUUUUCUUAAAGAGUUUUCUUGCUCAGAAAAUGUAACCCUCAUUGUUUGCAAUUUUAAGGUUGUAAUCUUUCCAGAUGAAUUCAGACACACCUUCUCUUCGCCAUUGCCUGGUCUCAUAAAGUCCCUCCGGCUCAUGGCGCUUAAUCCUCCAAGAACUGAGACAGAAUACUCUGAUACGAUAAACUCCUUGUGUUGGGUUGCUCCUUCUGCAGAGACAAUUUUUCCACAGUUAGUCGAUCCACUGGAUGCUUUUUGA